AUGAGCCUUAGAAGAAUCCGGGUGCAUGCACCCAGAUGCCUAUUUACUCGUCGUGGAUCUUGUAUAAUAUUUAUUAUCUUCAUAUGGUUGCUCUUUUAUCAUCUUCCAGCUCCUCCUUCCACCCAGAACAAUACCCGCGCAGACCGACCACCCCCAGAGCAUCGAGUAGAGGACACCCCACGAUUUAUCUACCGCUCCCCCUUUCGAAAUAAUCCGGAUGUUCAAUAUGAAAAACAGUUAUCAAAUGCCCUGGAGAAGAUUGAAAAGGCCGUAUUGGCCCAAAGUCAGGAAAACAACAUAUCCGAGGACAGAAUCUGGCAGAUAGCGAAAAAUGAAAAGCACAGGGGCGACGACUCAAUAAUGUUCGAAGGGAAAAAUAAAGAGUGGGAAUACACUUUAGUCACCGAUAAAAAAGCCAUCGAGUUCAUGGCCAACGAGCUAUCCGCCAUCCCUGAAAUCGCGAUUAUAUACAAAUCCUACCCUCACAAUGUCCUCCGGGCAGACCUUCUCAGAUACCUCCUUCUCUGGUAUCAUGGAGGCUUCUACGCAGACAUCGAUGUCUUCCCCGCUCGGACGAUCAAGACCUGCCCAGCGCUAGAGCCGUUCUUUUCACCCACACCCGACAAAAACACACAAGAUACCUAUCCCGAUGUAUCGCUCGUUGUUGGAAUUGAGGUCGACGAGCCAUAUGCUUCACCACAAUUCAUGCGCGACUGGCACUGGACAAGGAGCUACGGACUGAUCCAGUAUACAAUGUAUGCACCGCGACGUUUCAGCCCGCUUCUCCGCGAAACCAUUGUGCGGGUUCUAGCACAUACCAGGCAAUACAAUAGUGAACAUGUCGGUUUCUUCCCUAGUCUGGCCUAUGACGAGAAGACUAUACUAGGAGUCACUGGGCCUGAUAUCUUCACGGAUGCUAUUCUCGAGACACUCUCCUCUUCACUUCCUUUGACACAUCCGUUUAUUCAACAAUCCGUUGACGCAGAUGCGGAUAUAGGGGAUCUCAUCUCUCCUGUGACUGGGGAGGUGCAGAAACGGGUAACGUGGGCUCCAUUCCAUAGGCUCCGUGACCCUGUCUGCAUCCAGGCUGGUGAGGCUGUCCCGAAUAAAUCCAUGGGUGGAUUGUGCGUGUUGCCAAUCAGUAUUUGGGGGAAUGGGCAGAGACAUAGUCAGGCUGGAGGGUUUAAUCAUCCUAAGGCGUGUGUCAAUCAUCGGUUUGGGCGGACGUGGAAGAAGGGGUGGUGGGAGUAUAUAUUUGGAUGA